AUGUACAAGCCCUUGAAGCUUAUUGGUGAUCUAGAUCCGAGGCAGCACCAAAUCGGCGUGGUCAACCGGGAGAAUGUCAGGAGGAUGCUCGCCUCCCUGGCCAUGUACCCCAUGACAGAGUUCAAAGGAAUGACCUCGCAAGAGUUCCAGGUCCUGGUGGCCCAAGCCAGGAGUGAAGCCGACAACCCGGCAUUCAGGGUGAGUACAGCUGCCGACCUCAAUCGUACUAGGCGUCACACCCCGAUAACUGGCAUGAAGGCGAAUGCUGACGAGCUGAACCAGGCAUAUUUCCCAAUGUAA